GAAAAAAAACGAGAAGAAAGCGGGAAGAGACGGUGACAGGGCAGGGAGUGCGGGCACAGCCGGCACCAUGGGAGCAGGCAGCAAAGGCCCACGGGGCCACGGGGCUGCCGGGACACUGCCCGUCCCAGGGCGGUGACAGGGCAGGGGCUGGCUGGGAGCACCCACUCGCCACCUCCCACAUCCCCGUGUCCCUGUGCCACCUCUUCUGUGCAGGUUCGACCUUCCCCGAGCCCUCGGCCCCUCCAUGGGCUGUAUAUGACGGAGACGGGACGCAGCAGGAGCUGGGGCAGCACAUGGGCUGGGGGCCUUGGAUGGGAACAGUGGCUCCCCAAAGGACACACCUGGGGACGGCAUCGUCCUGCCCCCAGCUCUAAGGAUGCACAGGCUGCUCCUGCUUGGCUGCUUCUGGCUCCUGACAGCACCCACAGUGUCCAGCAUCUUCCAGAGGCCAACUGGGAGCCCAGCCCCCCCGCGCCUGCAGUACCUGUUGGAGCCCCUGCACUCCACGGUGCACACCCAGCGUGGGGCCACGGCCACCCUGCCCUGCGUCCUGCGCGCCCUGCCCCAAAACUACCGCGUCAAGUGGAGCAAGGUGGAGCCAGCCAACUACCGGGAGAGCAUCAUCAUCAUCACCAACGGGCUGUACCACAAGAACUACGGGCCGCUGAGCCCGCGGGUGCACCUGCGGCACAGCCACCGCUACGACGCCUCGCUCACCAUCACCGACGUGGCUCUGGAGGACGAGGGGCGCUACCGCUGCCAGCUGGUCAACGGGCUGGACGAUGAGAGCGUCUCGCUCACGCUGCACCUCGAAGGCGUCGUCUUCCCUUACCAACCCAGCAAUGGGCGCUACAAAUUCAACUACCACGAAGCCAAGCGAGCCUGCGAGCAGCAGGACUCCCGCCUCGCCACCUACCAGCAGCUGUACAAAGCCUGGACAGAGGGUCUGGACUGGUGCAAUGCUGGCUGGAUCCUCGACGGGACCGUCCACUACCCCAUCAUCAACUCGCGGGAGCCUUGCGGUGGCCGCCUCCUCCUGCCCGGUGUCCGGACCUACGGGGCCAAGGACAAGCAGAAGGACCGAUUUGAUGCUUUCUGCUUUACCUCUGCUCUUCAAGGGCAUCGUGGCAGCUGCUCACCCGCAGUGUCCCCAUCCAUCCGUCCAUCCCCAAGGCCAGGUCUACUUCAUCCGGGGCCACCUGAACUUCAAGGAGGCCGGGCAGGCGUGUCGCAACCACGGGGCUGCCAUCGCCAAGGUGGGGCAGCUCUACUCGGCCUGGAAGUUCUCCCAGCUGGAUCGCUGCGACGGGGGGUGGCUGGCGGACGGCAGCGUGCGCUACCCCAUCACCACCCCCCGGGAGCGCUGCGGGGGGCUGCCCGACCCCGGCGUCCGCAGCUUCGGCUUCCCCAGCAAGGAGAUGAGGACCUACGGCACCUACUGCUUCGUGGGGAAGUAGGAGGAGAGGUGGGCUGAGCAGAGGGGGUGGUGGCGGGACACCAGCCCUCGUCACCCGGGCAGAGAGUUUGAGGUGGGGUAUGAGGGGAUGGUCUCCCAGAGAUUUUGGGUGGUUCAUGCAUCAUCUGGUGAAGAAAUAGAGCUGGAUUUAGGUGCUCAGUGCAUGCUCUCGUGGAGCUGCUCCCCACGCCCCAGCCUGCUGGAGGACUUGUGGGCUGUUCAAGGCUUGCUGGAGAAGCCAGACCCGUUGCUGGGCCAGGAAGGGGGUCUAAUCCAGCCCCCUCAGCAGGCAGCACAGACUCCCCAUUCCCCAGCUCCCAUGAAUCCCUCACCCCAUCCUCACUCCCUGCAGCCAUGAGGACUCUCUCUGGUGUGAGCACAGAGGACUUGGGCUGGGCAUUAACGAGCGUGACUAAUGGCGUGUCGCCUUCUCAAUUAAUAAAGCAACGGCAAAGCUGCACAGCAAA